CAUUUGUGUGUACACGAUCACUCAUAUAACUCCUCUAAUCUCACAUUAUACGUGCACUAUACACUAGCAUCCUAAAUAAAUGAAAAUAAAAUGGAAAUAAAAUGGCUUCUAGUGAUUGCAUAAGUGUUCGUGAUAACAUUUAGUUAAAAGUUAGUGACCGUUAGUAGUGAACUAACGUUAGUAUGUAUUAGUUUAAGUGUGUACAUGGUUGCACGUGUACCUGAGGUCAUGUAGAGACUUAAAUAGUCCUUUCUGGUGAGCGCUGCAUUGAAAUGUUGCCAGGAUACCAUGAGACUUCAUUCAUUCUCCAUCGCCUCUUUCGUUCCUGUCCUGAAUAAUGCUUCCAAAUUCCCAUCUUCUGUGUAUUCGCCACUCAAGUUUAGAGAGCUGUUGUGGUCAUUCAGCCUGUCAAUCUAACAUCUGGAGUAAGGCAAAUAAGAAAUUGAAUUUGGCAGUUUCUUAUUGAAUUUUCUGCAGACAUGAAUAGGCAUGUUGUCAUGUGGAGCGCCAGACAGUUCUCCAGUAGGGUUGGGGUUUUAAAAAAAAGUGCCGCCCCACCACCACCCAACCAACCCACCCCCCUCCAAAUCUUCUCUCUUUCAUCUGUUGUACUUUUUUUGGUUCAGACCUUUCAUAUCCUAACUUUUUAGCAAGACUAUAAGCUAUUAUGUCACAACCAUACAUAACUGGUUUGGAGAACGGAUAGAAACAAGUAUUUAGAUUCAAAUGGCAUAAAGUUAUUAGAAAUUCAUCAUGUAUUUGUUUCAAGAGGUUGCAAAAAGAAAUGGCUGUGUGAUUGGCGUACGUUUACACUUAUGCAUUUAGUAGAUGCUUUUGUCCAAAGCUACUUACAGUAGAGGAAAAGAACUCAUCACACAGCCAGUAACAUUCAUUGUGUACAAUUCCAGGUUUAUUAUAAAGCUAAAUUAGGAAAAAGCUAUAGCUUAUGUAAUUUGUCUGUGUAUUUUGGCAAAUACAGUUUAAUACACACUCUCUUGACUGUCCAGUAUGUAGAAAGGGGUGUUGCUCUAAGAUGGCUGCAUUCUUGUCAGUCAAAGAAGCUUUCACGUACUCCUCCGUGUACAAUAACAUUCAUGUUAGUAAUGAGUCAUAUCUCUAGCUUAGUCAGUCUCUGUUGUGUUUAGCCCUCUAAUAUUAUUAAAUCUGACAGAACUUAUAUUUUAUUUAUUCCUAUAAUCAGUGAAAUCUCCUUGUUAAUUUAUUUUCUUCGUUUUUUUUGUCUUUUUGCCUUUUAUUAUUUUUUGAGCAGGAUGUUUUUAUUAGUAAGCCUGUAUCUGUGGAGUUUGAACAUGUCUGAACUUGUCCUCCUAGAGCAGUGGGGGGAGGGGGGUGUCCUCAACAGAAACUGCAGGCUUAAGACUCAGAGCAGGGACAUUUAGCAACCAAAUUUUUUUUUUUUCAGCUUAACCAUAUGCAGAAUUGCAUCCUGUGAAACAGAGUUUUAGAAAAGUGAGUAGAGUUUAAGGUUGUUAUAGUGCAAGUCAAACUGGUGUCUUUCAGAUCCUGUCAUAAACAACAGGACUGCACAUGAUCUGGAUGUACUCGUCUGACCUGAAUAAGCUCUUUUGCCAAUUGGCGAAAACGUGUCCCGUUCAGAUGCUGGUGGAUGUUGCCCCUCCCCAGGGCUCGGUGAUCAGAGCCACAGCCAUUUAUAAGAAGUCUGAACAUGUGGCUGAUGUGGUCCGUCGAUGUCCCCAUCAUGAGAGAACCCUAGAUGGCGAUGGAUUGGCACCUCCUGCUCACCUGAUCCGAGUGGAAGGAAACUCGCGUGCUGUUUACAGAGAGGACGACAUGACCUACAGGCACAGUGUGGUGGUUCCCUAUGAGGCUCCUCAACUGGGAGCAGAAUGGACAACUGUUUUAUACAAUUUCAUGUGCAACAGCAGUUGCAUGGGUGGCAUGAACCGCCGACCCAUCCUCACAAUAAUCACUCUGGAGACUCAUGAUGGUCAGUUGCUGGGCCGCAGGUCUUUUGAGGUGCGUGUGUGUGCGUGCCCAGGCAGAGACAGGAAAACUGAGGAGAGCAACUUCAGGAAAGACCAGGAGACCAAAACCUUGGGCAAGACCCCUUCUACCACCAAACGCAGCAUGACUAAAGAAUCAUCUUCAUCCACACCUCGACCUGAGGGCAGUAAGAAGGCCAAACUGAGCACGAGCAGUGAUGAGGAGAUCUAUACCCUGCAGGUGAGGGGUAAGGAUAGGUAUGAAAUGUUGAAGAAGAUUAACGACAGUUUAGAAUUGAGCGACGUGGUACCCCCAUCUGAUAUGGACAGAUACCUGCAGAAAUUAGUCACCAAGGGCAAGAAGGAGAAGGAUGGCCAAACGCCUGAGCCUAAAAGAGGCAAAAAACUAAUCGUUAAAGAUGAGAAAAGUGACUCGGAUUAGGAUGGUGGGUUGCUGAACAAAAAAGAAAUGAAUAGUUUCGCCUUUUUUGACUGCCUUUCUUUUGCCUUUGUUUGACCAAAGCAGGUUGUCAUAGGGAGCAUUUGGUAAACUGCGCACCCAUGAUCCCUCAGUCCUGUAUGUCAUUUUUCAUCUUGUUCACUCCACUGGGACCUUUGUAAGUCAGCUGAUCCAGAAGAGGUCUAUAUGAAUGAGGCUAGUAAUGGCUGGGUGUAGUAGGUGUGUAGUACUUUUUUCGCACUGGAGGAGCAAUACCCAUUAUUUUCCAAACCCAAUAAAUGAAUGUCCAGCAGUGAGGUUUAACAGUGUGUGGGAGUUUCUGCUCUCUGGUAAGGUUGUGAAUUUGUCACUGACUUACUGGAUGCCCACUCUGUUGAAAAUGUACUAAUGCCAGUAUUUUGUAACCUGUUUUGUAACCAGUUUUUUUUUAAGACUAUUACUGAUUAGAUGAAACCAGCAGAAAUGGUUACAAGCCAAAUAACUAUAAUAAAAAUCUAAAAACAAAA